AGAGCACGUGGUUAAAAGUUUGUUGACAAAAUGUCAGAUGAGCCUGUUAUCAAGAAAAAGAAAGGGGGGAUCAAGCUAAAAAUACAAAAAACUUAUUCAGAUCAAUCUUUUGUUGUAGCUGCCCAAAAAUGUUAUGCUAGUAAAAUACAAGCUGAGUGUGAGCAAUAUAAAGAAUUGCAUGUUGAUCCAUUCUUUCAUGCAAUAUUACCAAAUUUUAUAACAGAUGAAGAUUUUGUAGAAAGUCUGGAAAAAGAACUGAGUCAAUUGAAAUUCAGAGAAAAAAAUAAUGACUUGUAUAAAUUCCAUCAGAGCAAAGAUUUAAAGCAUGUGAAAUCUCAAUGUAUAACAGAAUUUUGUGAAUUUUUACAGAAUGAUGUUAAAGAAUGGUUGUCAAAUAUUAGUGGUAUAUCUUUAACAGAUGUUGUUGAUAGUUUUUGUUCAAAAUAUGAAUAUACAGAUAUUUUAUUAUGCCAUGAUGAUGAAUUAGAGAAGAGAAGAAUAGCUUAUAUAUAUUAUUUAGUUCCACCCUCUUGGAAUGAAGAAGAUGGUGGAACAUUAGAUCUUUUUACUUCUGACGAUCACAUUCAACCUAAAGAUAUAGUAAAAUCUGUUGUACCCAAGAGAAAUAAUUUCUUAUUCUUUGAAGUGACGGAAAGAUCUUUUCAUCAGGUUGCUGAAGUAUUGUCAAAAGAAAGUAUAAGAUUAGCUGUAAGUGGAUGGUUUCAUGGCCCAUCUUUACCAAGACAAAAACCUAAUGAAGAACCAUCUCCACUUCUGACUCCUUAUAUUACAGUUGGGGAAGACAAUUUUUAUAAUUGGAUCAACCCUAUCUAUCUACAUCCAGAGACACAAGGUGAUAUUAGCGAGAAGUUUGAAUCUGAGUCAGAAAUUCAACUUAGUGAUUUUAUACAGAAAGAAAAGUUCAAUUUAUUAUUGAGUGCUUUACAAGAGAGUAACAUCCCUUGGUCACCUGUUGGACCAGCAAAUAAAAGAAAAUAUUAUUUAUGCAAUAAAGAAAAUCAACCGAAAAUAGUUGAAGAAUGUGUGCAUUUUCUUCAAUCAGAGGCCAUGUUUUUGGUUUUAUCUAAUAUGACUGGUCUUAAACUACAUGAACUUGCACCUGAAUCAGAUAGUGAAGACAGCGAGGAAGAGAAAAAUGUGGCCCAAAGUUCCCAGCAACAAAAUGGUUCUCAAGAGAAUAAUGAAUCAACAAAUCAUUCAGCUAGAUCUAAAGAAACAGCUGGAGUAAGUUCCUGCUGUAGUUCUGAAGUAAGAAAAUGGCAACAUGGCUGCUAUACUUUAGCACAUGACACAUCACAUGAAUCAAAUGCAGAAUUUGCAUUAGAUGCUGUUCUAUAUAUUGGAUGUUCAGAUUGGAAGACAGAAUAUGGAGGAUUUACAUCUUAUAUAGCUAAGGAUGAAGAUGAUGAGCUACUAAGUGUAUCACCAGAGAAUAAUUGCUUAGCGUUAGUUUAUCGUGAUAAGAACACCCUACGGUUUGUUAAACAUAUAAAUCACCAAUCAACACAGCAUUCACAGCCCUAUUUCUAUGAUAUAUCAACUGUAUAUUAUGAAUAAAUUCCAUUUUGUAUCUUAAA